GAGAGUGAGUGGGCGGCGUGGGGAGGCGGCGGCGGUGGCGUCGCGGGCUGGGGCGGGCGAGGGGGAGCGCCGCUGCGCUGCGGCUCGCGCCACCGGGCGUUGCGGGCCGUGACGGGAGGCUGACAUGCCCGGGAGCUGAGAGGCUGUGCCGCCUGGUGUUGUGUGGAUUUACUCUCCAGCUACAUUACACACUGCAGUAAUACAGUUAUGGCGGCUUUCCAGCCCCUCAGGAGUAGUCACCUAAAGAGCAAAGCGUCUGUCCGAAAAAGCUUCAGUGAAGAUGUGUUCCGGUCUGUAAAGUCUUUAUUACAGAGCGAGAAGGAGCUAUGCAGUGUAUCAGGAGGAGAGUGUUUAAACCAGGAUGAGCACCCCCAGUUAACUGAGGUCACGUUUCUGGGCUUUAAUGAAGAAACAGAUGCUGCUCAUAUACAGGAUCUAGCUGCAGUUUCAUUGGAACUUCCAGAUCUUCUGAAUUCGCUCCAUUUUUGCAGUCUAAGUGAAAAUGAAAUCAUUUGUAUGAAGGAUACCAGUAAAUCGUCCAAUGUAAGCAGUAGUCCUCUAAAUCAGAGUCAUCAUUCGGGAAUGCUUUGUGUCAUGAGAGUGUCACCUACAUUACCGGGACUCAGAAUUGAUUUUAUCUUUAGUCUCCUAAGUAAAUAUGCUGCUGGCAUAAGACACACCCUGGACAUGCACGCGCAUCCGCAGCACCACCUUGAGACCACUGAUGAAGAUGAUGAUGAUACCAACCAGUCUGUGUCUUCCAUAGAGGAUGACUUUGUCACUGCUUUUGAGCAGUUAGAGGAGGAAGAAAAUGCAAAGCUAUAUAAUGAUGAAAUAAAUAUUGCUACACUAAGGAGCCGGUGUGAUGCUGCUUCUCAGACUACUUCAGGCCACCAUUUAGAAAGCCAUGAUUUAAAAGUGCUGGUUAGUUAUGGAUCACCGAAGUCACUGGCUAAGCCCUCACCUUCAGUAAAUGUACUGGGACGCAAGGAAGCUGCUUCUGUGAAAACAUCUGUUACAACAUCGGUUUCAGAGCCCUGGACCCAGAGGAGUCUCUACAGGUGCCCCAGUGCCUCCGAUAAAGACAAGGACACACAGGAGACAUUCUUUCCUUCUCCUGUCUACUCCUCAGAGUCUGAGUGCUCAAGCCCAAGUCCUGUGAUUUUUUUGGAUGAAGAGGGAUAUCAAAAAAGUUUAAAAGCGAAACUUGAGCUGCCUGAAAUUCCUGUGACAAAAGAUGAUGUAGAAGAUUCAGACUCAGAAGUGAGUGAAUUUUUUGAUAGCUUUGAUCAGUUUGAUGAACUAGAGCAAACUUUGGAGACUUACUUGCUCAUGGAAGAUCCUAUCAUAGGGAAGUCAUCACAGAAGAUAGGGCACAAAUAUGAAAAAUCUUGUAUGAAUCCUCAGAAAUUCAAGUUUGAGCGUCCAGCUCUUCCAGCUAAUGUUAGAAAGCCAACUCCUCGCAAACCUGAGUCUCCGUAUGGUCACCUGUCUGAUGCUCCAGAUUCCCCUCGUCCGGUGAUGACAUCAGAGGAUAGUGGCUUGUUCAGCCCUAUUCGAACCUCAGCUUUUAGUCCUCCUGGAAGCUGUACUCCUGCUGAAUGGUUUUGCCAAACAGAUACUAGUGAAAAUAGGAAUCAUGAAAAUUACUGCACUUAUGAGGAUUAUGCAAAUAAUCUUUCGUGUGAAGUACUAGGCUCAGUUCUUCAUACUCAACAUGCAAACACAAUGUCAGAUAUUAAUAGUAUUAAAAGGGGAAGAAAUCAUACGGUAACUUUUAAGUAUGGAGACUCUGAUCAAAAAAGUAAAUGUAAAAAAUCUUCAGUGAUUACAGGUAGCGUUCAGAAGUUUGCAGCAGAUCUUGUGGGGAAAAGUUUGGGCAGUGCGUUUAAAGACUUACAGAAAGGAGUUUCUUCAUGUACCAAUACCUUAUGCCACUUAGCUGUCAAAUUGACUUCGUCUGUAUUUCAGAUGGCAUUUAAUGAACUUAGAAGGCAGUGUGCAUUUUCACUAAAAGAACGAGCCAUUGGUAGCCUGGCCAGUCUUUUGGUGAGUGAUGCCUUAUCAAAUGCCUUGAAAGACUUACAGUAUGUAAAAAAGCAGAUGUUUACAAACACAGUUGCUAGGUUUGCUGCGGACCUUGCUGAAGAACUUGUUUUUGAAGGUAUCAUGGAAGUGUGUCAGUUUUCAUGUCCUCAAACACCUGCAUCUUCACAGUGUCAGUCAUUUGACUUUGAAGACAAAGUCGUGAAGUCCUAUGCCAAAGAUUUGUCUGAAUCUGUAAUACAAGAAGCAUUCAUAGAACUGUCACAGACUAAUGUGACGUUUACAACAAAGGCAGCAGUUAAUGUUUCUAUGGGUAAUGUCAAGUAUGUGAGUGCAGAAAGUGUAUCACCUACGCAGACCUUUACAUUUUCCUCAUCCUUCAGCGGUCAAGCAGUUAUGAUGACAAAACCAAUGCAGGAGCAUAAGAAGGAAUACACAGUGCAGCAGGCUUUGUUUUGUACCUCAGGAAUUGUCACUUCUAUACCAGUGCCCUUGGCCGGUAGUGCCCUUCUCCCGUAUCAUAUGUCAUCUACUUUGUAUCCUUCCAAGUGUCUUUCAUCUGAGCCUAGUAAAGCAAGUGGUGGCUCUACCCAAGAACACAUUGCCAUAGAACGCAGUGCAGAGGAAGUAGAUUGUCUCAGAAGUACCUGUCUACCUUCAGAACUCAAUCCAUGCAACCAGAAUGACUUCAAACCAACUAAUGGUGAUAUUGACAGGCAGAGUCCUUCAAAGUUAAUGAGUGGCCCUGUAAUUAUUAGCAACUUUUCCGCAGCAAUGGUACAUACAAUAGUAAAUGAAACCUUAGAGUCCAUGACGUCCUUCAAAGCUACAAAAACUAUUGAUACAAAUGCAGAUUAUUUAACUAAAACAAUAAAGGGAAAAGCCUGUUCUCCUUCCCUUUGUGACCAAGCAGCACCACAGGAGAACAAAGCUAGCAGUAAGGACAUGUUUGCUGAGCAGUUAUCAAAGUCUAUUAUUAAACAUUCCCUGGAUAAAAGCAAGUCAAUGCUUCCAAAUAGAGAUAAAAAACCCGGUAGUAAGGAACACGUGCUUGUUCUUGGAGAAGAAUCACAGAUGACCUUGGGGGAAACUCCCAAAUUCCUUGACUUUUCAGAUAACUCACCUCAUCGUUCACUCCUGGUUGGAAACUAUUGUGUCGCAGAAUGUAAAGAUUCUGUGGGUUUUGGAUUUUCUCUAGAGGCACUGCCACCUUGUUCAAUGAUGACAAAUCAGAAAUCUGACUUAAAGGAAGUUGUGAAGGACAAAGAAGUGACAAGGCACAAUUUGAAUAAUACUGCACUUGAGCCCAUGCCUUUUGGACAGGAAAGCUCUUUCCGUCACUCACAGACUUUCUCAUCUGCAGUGCUUACCUGUGUAGAUGGUUUGCAUGAGGAAGAUAAGCAGAAAAUCCGAGACAGAAAUGUAAUACCUGAUACUCCCCCAUCGACUCCUUUAGUGCCAUCCCAGACUAGUUCUGAAUGGGACAUCAAAACAUUAAGCAAACAACUCAAGGGGGAGUUAGCCAAAGAAUUUGCACCCGCAACACCACCUUCAACGCCUCACAACUCAUCUGUUGGUAGUUUGUCUGAGAAUGAACAAACUACUAUAGAAAAGGAAGAAUUUAUGUUGAAGCUCAUGCGCUCUCUUUCAGAAGAAGUUGAGAGCAGUGAAGGUGAAGAACACCCAGGAAUGCAUGUAAAGGCAGAGCACCCGGGGAAAAAAGUCCAGUUUGCAGAAGCAUUCGCCACACACAUCAUUUCUCUUGCAACUGAAGCGGCAGCCUCCCACUUAGAUCAUGAGACUACUCAAGAAUUCAAGGUUCAAAACCCUCACUUAAAUGUACCAAGUCAAAGAAAUGUGCUGCCAGCUUUAAGUCAUUCCGAUGAAAGCAUACAGACGUGCACUUUUGCAAGUGAUAUGGCAGCUGAUGUCAUUGCAGAAGCCGAGAAGAUUGCAAACGCUAGAAGCUGUAUGCUUUUCAGGCAUGAGAGGAACAUUUGUCAUGUUGAAGGUGGCCGAGGUAAAGCAGAAGAGAAACUGGAUGUGGAAGAUGUUGCACAUCCAAGAGAAGUCGAUACUUGUGUUCUUUCAUUACCAAGUGGCAUGCCAGGUCUGACAUACAAGUAUCCCAGUUGUGAAAGUGUGACUGAUGAGUAUGCAGGGCAUGUUAUUCAGGUGCUCCAACAGCAAGGUGGCAGUGGAGAGCUAAUCAUGGAGCAGUAUGCCAGCAGACUGGCCUACCGGUCUGUCACUGCAGCAGCUCGGGAAGCAGCUAAGACAGUGAAAAUGAAGUGCGGUUCGAAACUCUUCCCUCUGCACGGCUGUCAUGGGAAAACAAACAAGGAACUGUUGGUGUUCUCAAGUAAAGAGCGUCACCAAGAAGUCGAUAGACAAAGAAAAAGAAAUGGCAGCCAUCUUUGCAAAUACCAGACAUGUGAAAGGACACAGGAUCCGUGUAGAAAUGAACUUUCUGAACUGUACAGUUUUUCAGCCUCUCUUGCUAGCAGCAUAACAAGAGAUGCAAAGAAACAGCUCACAGCACCUAAAGUUGACUUGCCAAAAUCCUCAACAGAUGGUUGUUUUUUUGAAAAAUCUGAAUGUGUUGACAGCAGUGAGAAUGUUACUGGACCAGAACGUUCAAAGUCUUGUCAACCUUUGCAAAGCCAUGGAUUUUGCCAGAAUACAGGCUAUCUAAGUGGAUAUAGUUGUGCAGAGAAUGCUCAAGCUAUAGAACAGUAUGCUAGAAAAGUAGUGGGUGACACUUUAGAGCUAAGUUUAGGACCCACAGUUUUUCAUAAUUCAGAGACCACAGCAUCAGCAGAUAGAAUUACUUACGCAGAAAAAUUGUCACCGCUUAUAAAUGAAGCUUGCAGAUACUGUGACCUUAAGGAAUUCCAUGGUUGCACCAGAAAUUCUGCUCAGCUCUUUUCAAAGCAGAGUCCGUGUGCUAGUGCUAAGCCAAGUUCACGUUCAAAACUUAGUAGCAUUCGUCAGAAAUCAAGAAUUUUUCAUCUUGAUGUACCUCAGAUUCAUGUUAAUCUUGAUAAAAGGGCAGUGCUUGCUGAGAAGAUAGUUGCUGAAGCUAUUGAGAAAGCAGAGAGAGAGUUGAGCAACACGAGUUUGGCAGCUGAUAGUGGAAUCGGACAAGAUGGCAUUAGCUUUGCUGAGAGCCUUACUACAGAAAUCAUGACAACAGCUGUGACAAAUGCUGGGCAUGCUGUUAGCAGUUCAAGAGAAAUAGAAGAUUUUCAGUCAACUGAGUCACUUGGCAGCCAGCAGAUGAAUCUCAGUGUUGGUGAAGACAGCACAGGUAGCUGGUCCAACUUAAGUUUUGAGGAUGACCAUCAAGAUGAAAGCAGCAGUUUCCAUCAUCUCAGUGAAAGCAGUAAUGGUAACAGCAGUAGCUGGAGCAGUCUUGGUUUAGAAGGAGAUUUGUAUGAGGACAAUUUAUCCUUUCCAACAUCAGACAGUGAUGGAUCGGAUGAUGGAGAUGACGAGCAGGAGGAUGGUGUGGAAGAUUUGCAGCAAAAUGGAAAGACUCUGCUAAUUAUGAACAUUGACAUGGAGCCUGGAGCUGUAGACCCGCAAUUAAGGAUUAUUCUUCAGUGGCUCAUUGCCUCUGAGGCUGAAGUUGCAGAACUUUAUUUUCAGGACUCUGCAAAGAAGGAGUUUAUAUUACUUUCAAAGCAGUUACAAGAGAAAGGAUGGAAAGUGGGAGAUGUCCUGCAGGCUGUGCUUAAAUACUACGAAGUGGUGGAAAAGCCCUCAAGGGAGGAAAGAUGCAAGUCGCUGUUUGAUUGGCUUUUAGAAAAUGCCCAGAACAGACUCCAGACCAGUAUGCUUGUCUAGAAAGUAAAGAAAUUGAUGAUUUACAUGUAGGAUAAAAUUCAAAUGCAGAAUAUUAACAUUUUAAUUGAAUUGAGAGGAAAGUAAGAAGCUUUUAAAAUGCUUUCUGUCAUUACACUGUAUAUAGUUCAUACUUUUGUAAUCUUUGUCAAGAUAUUCUCUUUACUUAAUCUUCUGUACAUGUGUAUGUGUUAUGACCCUGAGAUAAUAUUCUGUGAAGGACGAUCUAACCCCGCCUGAGGCUGGGGCAUUGUCUGACAGCAUUUGUUUGGAUCCACAUAGUGCUGCUGCUGCUGCUGUUGCUGCAAACAGGGCUGAGGCGGCCUGCCUGGCCCAAGUUAUCACUUGGCUCCUUUGAAAACAGGUGGCGUCUAAUGAUAAGUCAUCUGACAUCAAGAAAGAAAACUGAGGCUGAUAUUUUGUUGUUUAUUUAUUUCUGAUAAGUUUUAUUCUUUAUGUACUGUUCUUUAAAACCAGUUUUAUUUCCCUAGUUCAGCUAUUGGUACUUGUAGAUUUCCCCAGACCUUUAAUUUCUUAGCAGACUCCUGACUGAUUUAGGUUUCUGUGAACAUCAUAAAUGAGUUCCCCUUGCCUUCCAUCAAGUGACGUUAUUUGCUAAUACUGCCAAUUGUUCUGAAAUGAGAAGGAGCGGGGUGGGGGGUGGGGGGAAGGUUUUGAGAGAGAGAAUGUGUGUGUGUGUGUGUGUGCGCGUGCGUGAGAGGAUAAACUUUAACCUUCCCACUAGUUUAUUCUUUUACUUUAGUGUUUUCUUAGUUAGAAAACCACUAUUAACAUUAAAUAAAACGUCUAAAUAUUGUGCAGUAAGAAUUUUGUCUUUUUUAUUUAUUCCACAAAUGAAAAUUCAGGUUGUAAAAUAAAUUGAAAUUUUAAAAAUUAAUGUAGAAAUGCAUUCAGAGGAGCCUAGUAGUAAUUUUCUGUGUUGGAUUUUUGAAGAAGAAGAAAAAAAAAAAACCCUCCUCACUUCACCAAGAGUAAUUUCUUUUAGCUAAGUGUUUCUCAACCUUCCUAACACUGCAACCCUUUAAUACAGUUCCUCAUGUUGUGGUGACCCCCAACCAUCACAUUAUUUUGCUGAUAUUUCAUAACUGUAAUUUUGCUACUAUUACUUGGACAUAUUGGUGUUUUCUGAUGGGGGUCAUGUAGCCCCAGAAGAGGUUGCAACCCACAGGUCGAGAGCUGCCAUUUCAGCACAGAAGCACCUCUCCCCCAGUAAAAUGUGUCUGGACUGUUUCAUAAAGUCUCUUCUCAUGAUCUUUUUUGGUCUCUACAUUCCCUACUGUGUUUUUUAGAGAUUGCAGGCUGCUCUGAGUGAGGUGACCAGGCUGUGUCUCUGUGUCUGAGAUUUGUGAAGAUGGGAGGGUCUCCCCUAACCGAUUCUGGAAUCUAAAGCAGGUCGUAUUGCUUGGGGCUGGUGAUUUUUCUUCAUUACAUUUUUCAUUUUUCCUCAAGCUCUGACUUUUUUAGAAGCUACAGUGAGUAGAAGACACAGCACCUAUCAGGGGACUUAGGUUAAUUUGAAUUAGUAAUUAUGGUGAAGUUAUUUUUAUAGAGAUGUCAGAUUUGCUUUGACUCCAGAAACAAUUUAAGUAUUUUGAAACUACAUUAUAAACUGUAGUUUUUCCUCAAUUGAACAUAGAGACACGGGGCCUGCCUUAAACAUACAUUUUUAAAAGUUUCUUCAAGUAUUUUCCAGAGUGGGGAAAUGCAGGGAAUAAUACCCAUGUGCACUCUCCUGCGCUUGCACGAGGAACCAGCACACUGCACGUAUGUAAUUUGCAUGAUAUGUAUUGCUUAGAUUAACAGUAAAACUGACUUCUAAUUUCUUUGAGGUGCAAAUGACAAUGUUGGUUUUCUAAAGUUGAAAGUGCCCAGGCGUGUUUCAGCUGCUGGUGUAGUUAUUUGAGGCGAGCUUUAACUCUGCUCCUGGUUCCUUUGCAUUCUGGUGAAGCCAAGCAGCGCUCACUCAGUGUUCUUCAUUCAGUGCAACAGAGACGGAGUGGACCUCACACUGCGUUGGCUCUGUGCAGGGACACGGGAAACAGAAGUUUCGGCAGGGUGCGCAGCAGUGUAGGUUGACUUUCUGUAAAGAAAGCGUUUGAGUGUAGAGCAGUGUUGUGGGCCGGACACAGGGGAAGGAGGCGGCUUUAAAGCACUUUGUCUUUGGAGCAUCUCUAUUGAGAUGCGCUCCAUCUUAUCACAGAUUUCUUGACAUAUUUAUAUUGGAACUUGUAUACUGUCAUGCAUUUUGCUCCUAAUGAAAUACAAUUUACUCAAAACUGUUAAAAAGUUGUGAUGUGCAGUGAGCUGAUUCUUGAUUCACCAGUUUUAAAGGUAUUCUGUGAUCCACAGACAGACAGACCUUUGCCGGAAAAACCAACAAACAAAAACCCCACAGAAGAAAUGGCAGUAGAGAUGAGCUGGCUCCUUGUGGUGUAAAUCUAACAUUAUAACAGCCUUCAGUGAACUCAUGUAGUACCUUUGUACUUUCAGAAAUGCUUCAUUUACCCCUAAAGAUAUUUAAUGUGAAUUAAUUCAGUUCAUACUACUAUACCUCUGCUUAGCAAAGGACUUAUAGUGCUGGUAGGAAGCUGUAUACUGAGUGCACUGUGUGGAAAGUGAAGAGUUGGCCCAUGUGACAGCUGGCAGCUCUGACAGUGGUGGUGCAUGCUCUCCGUCCUUGUCCAGAGCCUCAUGGCUACCUGCUGUCCACCAGUAGUGUUUCUCCACAGCUACUUGCAGCAGCUUCUAGUCAGUGUAUUAUUUUGUAAUUUUUCAAAGAAAUCUUUACACAGAGUUUAAAGAUGUUGGGUCCACACACGGGUAGGGAAAAUGCUCUCCAUUUAAAAUCAUGUCUGCCAGUCAGCAGCACAUGAGAACUGUGGGAGUGUCUGUUGGGAUUGGAAGCGGCGUACUCAAGUCAAGUGCGCUUGGCUCGUCAGCACAAGCCCUGUAGGCACCCCUUGUUUACUGUGCGCCUGCUCUGCACACACAGGCGCGGUGCUGCUCACUCCUGCCUCUCUAUUUAUUUAUUUUGACCAUGUGUACAUUCCUUUCAUAGAGUUAGAACUGCGGUUCUGCAGGCUCCUAUUGCAGUCUGUUGUAUGGUUUGGAUACUAUUUAAUGCCAGGUUUAUAUGUUGCUGGAUUUGCUGCCUUCAGUUACUUGUGCUGUGUUCCAAGCAAUCUGCAUUCUUGUUCACUUAAUGAAUAUUAAGUAGAAGUAACUUUGAAUAAUUGUGGCCAUUUAUUUGAGUUUGCUCAUUUAGUGCACUAAGGUCUUAUACUAUAUAACAGUAACUCCUCUUUUUGCUCUUGAGUAAUUUAAUGUUCAUUUACCAAACUUGGAAUUUCAAGAUGCACUAAAGUUUUAUUUAGCGGUGGCUCAAAAAAUGUUUCAGAACUUACUUUUGUAAUAAUUUGCAGUUAAUUGUUCUUUUGUCUUUACUCUUGUUCAAGCCUGUGAUCUUUCCUCUCCCAGCCAAGAAUUAUUCAAUAAAUUUAAAGAAAUGUCAA